AUGUUCACCGUACUCUUUGAAGUGCAUCCUUCCGUGGAAAAAAAGUCUCUCUAUCUUGAUAUCGGGAAAACGCUUAGGCCAGAACUGCUCCAAGUAGAUGGCUUUAUCGAUAAUAUACGAUAUAGCUCUCUGACCCAGCCUGGCUGGAUUUUAUCGCUCUCUACUUGGAGAGAUGAAAAGUCACUAGUUAGAUGGCGAACUCAGGGUCUCCAUCACACUGCCCAGGAGAAAGGGAGGAAGGAAGUUUUCCUAAACUAUCGAUUGAAAAUCUGCGAAAUUACGGCCGAUACGCACAAACCAGACGGAUAUAAGAUACAAGAACAGCGACUAGACGCCACGCGCGCAGGUGAUGCAGAAGCAGUUGUGCUUGUUAGCAUGGAUAAAACAGUGUUACAAGAUACAAGCCAAGAAGAGAUUCUUAGACAUCUUUGCUUAGAAUUGAACAAAGUAGAAGGUUUAGUGUCUUGGAGUGCUUUCAAUGCUGUACUUGACCCAGGCGACAUUAUAGCCUAUCUGUCAUUUACUACCGCUAACGCUGCAUGCGACUUUCUUGAAGCACACGGAGAGCAAGAGGAUAUUAGAUACCGUGGAGGAAGAGUUAUAAGAGACUACGGGAUGUACAAUCGGCAAGAAGCACCUCAAUAUUAUCCGGACAUAGAACGGAGAGAGUAA